AUGCCGAGCGGGAUCGUCAAUUCAGUGCAGUCCAAGGCCCAAGAGGUCGCGAAGGAGGACUACGACCGAGCCAGAGUUCUUAUCAACGAUGCUGCAAAGAGCCGAUCCUACUUGUAUCCCAUCAAGGGAAUUUUUUACUUCGCGACGCACCGUGCCUUGUGGAAGCCUCUUCUUUCCAAACUUGGCCCAACGGUGGCACUAUCAGUUGGGGUCGUGACCUCGAUGUUCUUUUUGACCUACCUUCCGCAGCUCGCAGUCUUGGUCUUCGUUAACGGGCCCCUCGCCGUCCUCACCACUGUUCUGCUCAUUCUCAACGAGAGCUCCGUCAUUAUCAAUAUCGUGUCGAAGAACUUCAUGCUGCAAGAUGCGCUAUUGGACACGUUUGACGGCACUCUGCUCGCCAGGGAUGCUGCGGAUAUUGUAAGCGAAGGCAGACAGCUCAAGUCUGGCGGAGACCCUAUUCAGCGUCUCGGAAAGAUCUUGAAGAGCCCCUUUGGCCGUUUUAGUCCCAAGGCCUUGGUUCGAUACGUCAUGUACCUGCCGCUCAAUUUCAUCCCAGUGGUUGGCACGGUCGUGUUCAUUCUUUUCCAAGGACGUUCUCGAGGAAAUGGCGUCCAUGACCGAUACUUCCAACUCAAGCGGUGGCCGUCCAGCAAGAGAUCGAAAUGGCUUUCCGACCAUACCGGCCCUUAUGCAGCAUUUGGGACUGUUGCGACCCUCCUGGAGAUGGUACCUCUCGCUUCGGUUCUGUUCUCGUUCACCAACACUGUGGGAGCCGCUCUGUGGGCAGCUGAUAUUGAGAAGGAGAAUGAGAUGGCCAAGGGUACAGCUCCUAGUUUGCGCAAAGCAGCAGAAAAGGCCGAGUAA